AUGGAGUCACAAAAUAAUACACAGGUUUCCCAGUUUCUUCUUCUGGGAUUUUCACAAGUGCCUGCACUGCAGCCCCUCCUCUACGGGCUCUUCCUGUCCAUGUACCUGCUCACCAUGCUCGGGAAUCUGCUCAUCGUCCUGGCCACCGUGUCUGACGCCCGUCUGCACACACCCAUGUACUUCUUCCUCUCCAACCUGUCCUUCGUGGACGUCUGCUUCACCUCCACCACCGUGCCCAAGAUGCUGCUCAACAUCCAGACCCACAGCAGGGCCAUCAGCUACGUGGGCUGCAUCACCCAGAUGUUCUUCUUCUUGCUCUUUGCUGGGCUGGACAACUUCCUGCUGGCGGUGAUGGCCUAUGACCGCUUCGUGGCCAUCUGUCACCCCCUGCACUACACGGUCAUCAUGAGGCCCCGGCUCUGUGGAUUGCUGGUGCUGGGGUCCUGGAUCACGAGUGUCCUGAAUUCCUUGCUACAAAACUUUGUUUUGUUGCACCUCUCCUUCUGCACAGAAGUGCAAGUCCCGCACUUUUUCUGUGAACCUAAUCAGGUGGUCCACCUUGCCUGUUCUGACACUUUCCUUAUUAAUAUGGUCAUGGACUUUGCAGCUGGACUGCUGGGCGGUGGGUCCCUGGCGGGCAUCUUGUAUUCUUAUUCCAAGAUUGUGUCUUCCAUCCGGGACAUGUCUUCAGCCCGGGGGAAGUAUAAGGCCUUUUCCACCUGCGCGUCUCACCUCUCCGUGGUCUCCUUGUUUUACUGUACAAUCCUGGGUGUGUACCUCAGUUCCACUGUGGCCCAAGACUCACGCUCAACGGCCACGGCCUCGGUGAUGUACAGCGUGGUCACCCCCAUGCUGAACCCCUUCAUCUACAGCCUGAGGAACAAAGACCUCAAGAAGGCGCUGAAAACACUCUUAGAGAGAGAAACUAAAAGAGUGGCAUUCCUCUAG